AUGGCUGGUGAAGUUCCAAAUUUAGCAGAGUCGAAGUUAAGAGCUUUGGUGGUCGAUGACAAUUUGGUAAACCAAAUGACGCAUCAUAAACUCUUGGACCGUCUAGGUAUUCAAAACGAUGUCGUUUGUAAUGGCCAAGAAGCUGUGGACGUUCAUUGUUCCGGUAGAAACUAUGAUCUCAUUCUAAUGGACAUGGAGAUGCGCAUCAUGAAUGGUAUUCAGGCGACAAAGAUACUAAGAGAGAUGGGGAUAGAGAGCAAGAUAGCAGGAGUAACAACUAGAGCUGAGGAAGAGGAGAGGAAAGAGUUUAUGGAAGCUGGCCUUAACUACUUUCAAGAGAAACCUCUCACAAUCUCUAAACUUGUUUCUAUUCUUCAUAAUCUUGAUUUUUGCGUACAAAACCAAAACCAUACCAAAUUUUUUUAA